UAUCUAAUGAAAAUUUGAAAUUAAAAAUAAUAAUUUAUAUAAGCAAUUCCAUCUAAAAACAUAAAUUAAAAUAAGAAUACCUUUUCCAUUGAUGUUUUAUUAGUAAGUGUCUUGUAGUAUUAAAAAGGCAUGCUUUCUGUUCAUUUUAAGCAUUUCUAUUGGGUUUUAACUUUUACACUGCUCUUCAUUUUUUUAAUCUGAACUAAUGAAGUCUUGAAAAAACUUAACAUAAAAAUUGGAUUUUUGUUGAAUCGAUGAUCUCUUCUCAUUGGAAGAUGGAAAAGAGAUCAGUCGUGCUUUUUUUAGAUAGAAUGAUAACACUGAAAUAAGAGAUGAGCUUAAUACAGAGAUCAUGAAGGUUAGGGAUGAAGUAAGGUUUAAGGCUGUGAUACCACACCCUAAUAGAUCCACAAAAGGUUAUAGAGAGAAUUUUUUACAUAGCAUUACUCUUUUGUAAGGAAUGAAAAGGAAUGAGCUAGAUUUUGUUUAGUUUUUUCUAUAGACAAUGUCAUUGAUGAAGUUUUGAAAGAGUUUCACAAAGAAAUCAGAUUUCCUACAAACAAGUCUCUUAUUAGUGUGACUAACCACGUCUACGAGCUUUCCUACAAAACAAAUCUCUUGUUGGAACAUGAAGCCCUUUGAUGCUUAAGUCACAAAGAAAUCAGAGACAUACGACCGGAGGGCAUUCUUAUGUGCACCUGUCAAUAAUCGAUGAAAGCAACCAUGGAAAGCUCUUCACAGAAAGGACCAGUCAUCUGCACUUACGUAGCUCAAUGGCCUAUAUAUUCACUAGCCUGGUCUGCCCGACGUGACAAAAAAACACGUCUUGCCAUAGGAAGUUUCCUUGAAGACUAUAGCAACAAGGUGGAAAUUGUUCAAUUCAACAGCGACACUUUUGAUUUCACCACCGAUAACCGCCUAAUAUUCGAUCACCCUUAUUCACCCACAAACCUGAUGUUCUUCCCCUCCGAGGAUGUUGCAAAUCCUGAUAUCAUCAUCACCUCCGGGGACUACAUGCGUAUAUGGCAAAUUUACGAUGACCGAAUUGAGUUGAAGUCUCUCCUAAAUGGCAAUAAGUGUAGUGAAUUCAACUCUGCCAUAACAUCUUUUGAUUGGGCUGAUUUUGAUGUUCAUCGUGUGGUCAGUUCGAGUGUUGACUCCACCAUUGUUGUUUGGGAUAUAGAGAAGGAAACUAUAUAUGCUCAAUUAGUUGCACAUGAUAAAGAAGUGAAUGAUAUUUCAUGGGGUUGGUUCAAUAUUUUCGCAUCAGUAUCAGGUGAUGGUUCAGUUAGGGUUUGCGAUUUAAGAAAAAAAGAGAGAUCAACAAUAAUUUAUGAAAAUCCAAUGCAGGAUUGUUCUUUGUUAAGGCUAGAGUGGAACAAAAGUGACCCGAGAUUUAUAGCCACAGUCGGCAUGAACAGUAACAAGGUUGUAAUUUUGGACAUUCGCUUUCCUUCAACUCCUUUAAUGGAGCUUAGCAAGCAUAGGGCAAGUGUGAAUUCUAUAUCCUGGGCUCCAUGUACAGGACGAAAGAUAUGCUCGGUAGGUGAUGAUUCAAGGGCUUUGAUAUGGGAUGUGGCUAGUAAGGCUGGAAACGGACCAGAAAACAUUAUAGGCCAGGCGGAACCUGAAAUGUGGUAUGGAUCAGUGGGUGGGAUCAAUAAUAUGCGUUGGUCUCCGGUGGAGAUGGAUUGGAUUGCUAUUGCUUUUCUGACCAAGUUACAACUCUUGAAGGUUUAGAGUUUAAACCUCCUUUGGCUUUGUAGCUUAAUAUGGAAUCGAUGGAAUGUUAUUCAUUUCAAGAAAUAAGCAACUUGAAAGAAUAACAACGAGUGUGAGUGCCUUGUUGUUGUU